GAAACCAUUAGAGCCAGCCACUUCAGAUGCUGACCAUCGGCGGAUCACAUGCAACAAGAACGUCACCAAUUUAGCAAUGUACAUGUACGGUAAGCUUCGGUAUUGGUCGCAAUCGCCGAGGGACGUUUAUCCUUCAACUCCUCCAACUUCAGAAAGGCAAUUUCAAUCCAUCGCAACCAUGUAAUCACGAUAAUCCACAUUGUAUAGUAUAGCUUCAAUCUGUUGUUUCAUUAUUGUCCCUCCCUCAUGGGCCGAAUUUACUUUCCGUUAGCUUCGGGGUAAACAAGCGUUGGAAUCCAGGCUAUCCAAGUUCAAUCCCUUCGCAGUUUUCGACCCGUUUCCGCCGAGGUUACGAUCGAAAUCAUGGCGGCGCAGUCUAAACUCGUUCUGCCCGAUCGGUCUCUUAAGAGUGUCGUCGCCCAAUUGACGCAUCUAUACGUCGAGAACCGAACCCGAAUCUCCCGCGUAGUCUACCUUACCCUACUCGUUGCCCUCGUGAACCGCGUCCGGCAUGCCAUAUCCGAACAGAAGGCCGCGUCCGCGCGCGAGGCGGCGAAGCGGAAAUUGGGCACGACCUCGAGCGACGGCACCGAGGUGACGAAAAAGAAAAAAGUCGAGUUGAAUCGCGAGUUCUUCAAGUCUUUGUUAAGGUUGCUAAAGAUAGUCGUGCCCGGCGCGCGAAGCAAGGAGACCCGGCUGCUUAUUAGCCACAGCUUCUUCUUGGUCGUACGGACGCUUAUAAGCUUGAAAGUCGCCGAGAUGGACGGCGCAAUCGUAAAAGCACUUGUAAAAGGAAGUGGGAAAGAAUUCCUGACUAGAAUCGUAUGGUGGAUGUUGAUCGCCGUCCCUGCGACCUUCACAAAUUCCAUGUUGUCAUACCAUCAAGCCGAAUUGUCGCUCAGAUACCGAACACGGUUAACCCAAUUCAUCCACGACAAGUACCUAUCCCAACUCACAUUUUACGGCAUCUCUGCGCUAGACGAUCGGAUAAAGAACCCGGAUCAGCUCAUCGCUGUUGACGUAGCUAAGUUCUCGAACAGCUUAGCUGAGCUAUAUAGUAAUUUAGCCAAGCCUAUAUUAGAUAUGACCAUAUAUACAUGGUCAUUGUCGAAGAGUGUUGGUGGUGAGGGUGUCAUGUUUAUGUCUUUACUUGUCCAGCUCUCAGCUCACCUCAUGCGCGCCUUGACGCCUCCUUUCGGGAAAUAUGUCGCAGAUGAAGCGAGACUAGAGGGUGAAUUCCGAUUCCAACACUCGAGACUCAUUGAUCACAGCGAGGAAGUGGCACUUUACCACGGUCACGAAGCAGAAAAGGAUACACUCGACAAGGGCUACUUUACGCUAAUCAAGCAUGUGAAUUACAUCUUGCGUCGGAGAUUUUACCAUGGAGUGAUGGAAGAUUUCGUCAUCAAAUAUUUCUGGGGUGCUCUGGGCCUUUUGCUUUGCAGCGUGCCCGUCUUUUUCAAGUUGCCUAACCAAUUAGCUGGUGCGACCGCCAACAUGGGAGACCGAACAGAAACAUUCAUUACCAAUAGGCGGAUGUUACUGAGUGCAUCCGACGCAUUUGGCCGUGUAAUGUUCUCUUACCGCGAGAUCAUGGAGCUGGCUGGUUACACAUCACGUGUCGCAUCACUAUUGGAGGUUAUGGACGAUAUCCAGGCUGGACAUUUCGAGAAGAAGCUGGUUUCCAGUUCGGGCAUCGAGGACAAUGAAGCCGUGCUGAAAGGCAGAGGGAAAGUGAUAGAGAGUAAGGACAUUGAGUUUAUCGAUGUACCGAUCAUCUCACCAAAUGGAGACGUCCUUGUUAGAGCACUCUCGUUUUCGCUCAAACAAGGCGAGCAUCUACUUGUCGUUGGCCCGAACGGCUGCGGAAAAUCAAGCCUUUUCCGAAUCUUGGGUGGUCUGUGGCCCGUGUACGGCGGUACCGUAUAUAAGCCACCGUUUACGGACAUCUUUUAUAUUCCCCAACGACCAUACUUAUCACGCGGCAGCCUUCGCCAGCAGAUUACAUACCCGGAUAGCCUGCGAACUGUUCGCGCGCGCGGCGUGACCGAUUCCCAGUUACUCGACAUUCUAAGAAUCCUCUCCCUGGAGCAUCUCGUCGAUCUCUACCCGGAAGGCUGGGACGCGGAAGCCGAGUGGCGAGACGUCCUCUCGGGAGGCCUGCAACAGCGCGUAGCCAUGGCUCGUCUAUUUUACCACAAGCCGCGUUACGCGAUUCUCGAUGAGUGCACAAGCAGCGUGACGCUCGAGACUGAAAAGGUCAUGUACGAUAAUGCGAAGGCCAUGGAAAUUACUUUAAUGACCGUAAGUCACCGGCGAAGUCUAUGGAAGUACCAUAGUAGGAUCCUGCAGUUCGACGGACAGGGUCACUUCGUAUUUACGAAGCUCGAUGCCGAGAGGAGGUUGAAACUGGAGGAUGAGAAGGAAGAUCUGGAAGUUCUACUCCGACAGGUACCAGACAUUGAAAGGAGAAUUGGCGAAUUGACCGCUGGAUGAUGGGGCGGAGAAACAUCUAGGCCAGGACGAUUGACGAAUCAGGGACGUGUUGUAUAGUAGGAGAUGUAUAUACCUAGCUAGCCUCAAUGCUAAAAGCCAUUAACACACGAUGGUAUACACACUAGCCUCCGGACACCGGCACCGGGGUUGCGGAACGGGUGCGAUUAGUC